GCCUCUUUCUUCUCCUCCCUAAAAUACCUUCCCAAUCUUCAAAAUCUCCGCAACAUCUACAUACACUAAAUGUUUGUAUCUAUGGGUUGGUGUACCUAACCUUUUUCUGAGAGUUUACAAAGCAACCCAGAACUAGAACUUACAGCAAAAGAGAGAUAAGAACCCCCCCCCCCCCCCCCCCCCCCCAAAAAAAAAAAAAAAAAAAAAAAAAAACGAAAAAAUAAAAUAAAAUGGGGAGUUCAGCGGUGGCAUUAGAGGACAUACCAUCAGUAGACAUCAUGACGGAGCUCCUCCGCCGCAUGAAGUGCGAUUCCAAGCCUGACAAACGCCUUAUUCUCAUUGGUCCACCGGGUUCCGGAAAAGGUACCCAAUCCCCAAUCAUCAAGGACGAGUACUGUCUAUGCCAUUUGGCUACUGGUGAUAUGUUGAGAGCUGCUGUUACAGCUAAGACUCCUCUAGGAAUCAAGGCUAAAGAAGCUAUGGACAAGGGAGAACUUGUUUCUGAUGACUUGGUUGUUGGAAUAAUUGAUGAAGCCAUGAAGAAGCCUUCAUGUCAGAAGGGAUUCAUUCUUGAUGGUUUCCCAAGGACAAAAGUUCAAGCAGAAAAGCUUGAUGAGAUGCUCCAGAAGCAGGGAACUAAGAUCGAUAAGGUGCUAAAUUUCGCAAUUGAUGAUGCCAUUUUGGAGGAGAGGAUUACUGGUCGUUGGAUCCAUCCUUCAAGUGGAAGGACCUACAACACAAAAUUUGCACCUCCCAAAGUUCCUGGUGCUGAUGAUGUAUCGGGAGAGCCUCUAAUCCAACGGAAAGAUGAUACUGCAGAGGUUCUUAAGUCGAGGCUGGAGGCAUUCCACCGUCAAACUGAACCUGUCAUAGACUAUUAUUCCAAGAAGGGCGUAGUUGCAGAUCUCCAUGCAGAGAAGCCCCCAGAAGAGGUGACGACCGAGGUUCAGAAAGUCUUGUCUUCUUAAGAAGUUUUAUAUAACUGUAUUUUACAGGCGCAAUCCUGUAGUCCGGUGUCUUGUUGAACUGGCUUUAUUUGCCGACUCUCUCUUUUCUUUGACUGAUCUAUUUUCAUUGCUUUCAGCUUCUCGUUUGAGUUCCAGAGGAAUUAUGUAAUUCUACCGAAAUAAAUCUCCAAUUGGUGUGAGAAGUUUUGUAAACUAAUGACUUUUGUUUUUAACUACAAAGUUUUUAUGAAUUUCUGCUCAUUUUUACUGUUUUA